UGGGUCCCUCCCACCCUGAUUUUAGACCACAUCUAUAGGAACUCCCUUUCCAGGAACUCACCUGUCACUGGGAAUCUUUAUACAGUAAGAGAGGGACCGACUAAACAACGGACAGGAUUUGACUAGGAACAAGUGGAACAGGACAGAGCAUGGCAUCUCCAACCUCUCCAACCUCUCCAACCUCUCCAACCUUUCCCAUCGAUCUACUUCCUGAGAAACAUUUCCUGUGCCCGCUGUGUAAGGACGUCUUUAACAACCCCGUCACCACACCCUGUGGUCACAGCUUCUGCCAGACAUGUCUGUGCGGGUACUGGAGCCGGCAUCGCUCUGACUACUGUCCUGUCUGUAGACGUCUGUUUCACGCCAGGCCCGACCUUAAUGUCAACCGCAUCCUGGCUGAAGUGUGUGACAACUACCGGAUGAAGAGGCCAGAGCCUGAAGGGAACCAUGACAUGGUAGUGACCGCAGUAGGACCACCUGUGACCUCAGAGUUUGUGGAUAUUGACCUGAUGAUCCAAGAGAGACUGCAGAAAGUGGAUCGUCUCAGAAACUCCCUGCAGCUCCUCAAAAAUUCGUGUCUCAAGGAGGUUCGAGAAAGCCACAAGGUGUUCUCUGCCCUGACGAGCUCCAUAGAGAACAGCCACAAGGCAGUGGUGGCAGCCAUAGAGGAAAGACAGUCAGAGGCAGAGAGGAGGGUUGACAAGCUGGUAAAGGAGCUGGAAGAGGAGAUUAAACAUCUGAAGAACAGAAACACAGAACUGGGGCCUACUCCAUCUCCUCUGAGUCUAGAUGAGUUAUGGCAUGAUGAUAAAAGUACUGCGUUGGGCCUUAAUUCCACACCAGGCUACCCUGAGAGGAGGGACUGGUUCAAGGUUACCAUGGAGACUGACCCCUCUGUAGGCCUGACCAGAAAAGCUUUGUCAGAACUGAUGAUCAUGGUCAAAGCAGAACUCAACAGACUGUCUAAACUGGAGCUGAAGAAAAUACAGAAAUACACAGUGGACAUCUCCCUGAGUCUCCAGACGGCCAACGCCUUCCUCUCAGUCUCAGAGGACCGGAAACAGGUGCGACACACAGACAAACGCCAGGAGGUCCCAGACAACCCCAAGAGGUUUGACCGUGUGGCCAACGUGAUGUGUAGAGAAGCCUUCUCCAGUGGAAGGUAUUACUGGGAGGUAGAGGUAGGGGAGAAGAUGGAAUGGACCCUGGGUGUAGCAAGACAAUCCGUCAACAGGAAGGGGAAGUUUACAGUCAGCCCAGCCAAUGGCUUCUGGACGCUGAGUCUGAAUGAGGGUCAGUAUGAGGCUAACACUUCCCACGCCGUCACCCCGAUCUUCCUAGAACAGAAGCCCAGGAGGGUGGGGGUGUUUCUGGAAUACGGAGAGGGCCGAGUGUCCUUCUACUGUGGGGAGACUGGAGUCAACAUCUUCACCUUCACUGACAGCUUCACUGACAGGCUACACCCCAUAUUUAGUCCAGGAAGGCCACAUGGGGGAAGAAACAGUGCUCCUCUGGUUAUUAAUACCUGCAUCUUAACCGUCUGAGUGGUAGAAAUACACUAUAUGGCCAAAAGUAUGUGGACACCCUUACCAAUGGGUGUUUCAGCCACACCUAUUGCUCACAGGUGCA